ACUACGUACAGAAGUUGUGCUGUCGCCUGUAAGUUUGUGAAGCAGGGAUAUAUUAUUUUAUGGAGAAAGAUUAGCCUAUGAUUCCACAAUCGUAGUAGCUGAUCACACUAUACCAAGUCAAGUGCUUGAGGUCAAAUUUGAUCACUCCCUCGAGCUGAUUAAACGCUUCUCACGGGUCGCGACUCGGGAGUCGGGACUACAAUUUUGUUGACGAAAAGGGUCGUCAUGCCUUCCGCGACCAACUCGUCCCGGUGCAACCGUUUUCUGGAGCGAACAGUAAUUGAACUGUGCGUCGGUGCGCCCCUCUCCGGGCUCCAAGCGAUCGAUCCGGAGCAGACCUCCGGACGAUCAAGGAUCUAGCAACGAAGCUCACGUGACAGGUGGCUAUGGUGAAUUGGUGUUACGGGGUAUGUUUGAUUUUCUUGCCCAUCGUUGUCUAGCUUUGUCUAACAAGAUUAGAGUACAAACAAGUAUAUUUGAUUCCUUUACUUAUUUGAAUUUAACCAAAAUGGAUUAGAAUUUCUUUGAUACCUGUCUCCUAUGGAAUUGAUCUUCUUUCAAGGCAGAGACAAAUUAACUCUACUCCCCUAACAAGAUUUGUCUUGCUAAUCCUUGCCCGGCAAAACUAGUAGAUAAAAAAGCCAAACAUGCGCAUGGUGACUAUGAAAAGGCCGGGAGUCAAUUUGUGUCAGCGGAAACCUGCAAUGCUUCAUUUAUUGGAGCAGUCCACAGUUCAAGGCUUCAAGCGAUGGCAAACUGGCAAAGUCAAGCGAACGUGUUUGCCCCGCUCCGUCGCGAGAACACGUCAAAAAUUGCUAGAAUCCACCGUAUAAAGCCGUGCGACCCAGCGUCAAAAGUUCUCAUAUCCAACUCGGCACUCGCAAAUAAACCAGCCCUGCUUUGCGCUGCUUGUUUUGGUCUUCCAUUCCACCCCCAUGGCAACCACAGGGCCGUACAACGCCGCCAAGGUGGAGGAGAAGCACGAGCCGAUGAGGCCGCUCGCCCUCCCGUCCCCGACCGUCCACCCGGCGACGACCAACGACGCCGCGGACGAGGAGGCGGCCGCGACCACCAGGCGCUGGCGCUCCAUGCAGUACCUCCGCAAGCGCAGGUGCCUGCUCUGCUGCUGCGGCUGCUGCACCACCUCCGUGGUCAUCCUGGGCAUCGUCAUCCUCGUGCUCGCGCUCACCGUGUUCAGGGUCAAGGACCCCAUCCUCACCAUGAACCGCGUCACGCUGGAGGGCGUCGACGGCGAUCUCGGCACCCAGCAGCACCCGGUGUCCGUGAACGCCACGCUCAACGCGGACAUCUCCAUCAAGAACCCCAACGUGGCCUCGUUCAGGUUCGCGCGGAGCGAGACGGACUUCUACUACGCCGGGGAGACGGUCGGCGUGGCGUACGCGCCCGACGGCGAAGUCGGCGCCGACCGCACCUUGCGCAUGAACGUCACGCUCGACGUGCUCGCCGACCGCAUCUCGCCCAACGUCAACAUAACCGACCUCAUCUUCGGACAGGACUACAACCUGACGAGCUACACGGAGAUCACCGGGAGGGUGAACCUUCUUGGCAUCUACAAGAGGGACCUCGACAUCAAGAUGAACUGCUCCAUCACGCUGGAGGUGGGGGCCUUCACCACCGUGCAGAGUAAAACCACGGACUGCGUUGCAAACGUCAGCUGAUCAGCUAGCAGGAGACUAGCAGUGUGUAAACUUGCAGGACCAGACGUUCGAGGAAUUUGAUCAACCUGCAUUCGAAGGCAAGUGUCCUUGAUCACUUUGAUCCCAUUGUAGGAAAGUGUAGCUUUUAUUUUUCUAGAUGCAUGUUUGUCUAAUUUGGAAUCCCAUGGUUAGGGUUUUACUAGAUUUUACUUGACUAUCCUUGUCGUCGUUGAUGAAUCAUGGAAAAUGAAGGGUAGAUAUGCUAGUGCUGUUAUGUUUAGGGUAAAGGUUAAUCUAUACUAAUGUUUAUGCAACAAAAAUUUGGGUAUGGUAAUCUUGUAGUAACAUGGUAUAGGGAUCUCAACUAAAUGGUUAGUUUAAGGUGCUGCUGCACAACAGGUUUGUGGUUGUUACUGUGGGGGGUCCUAAGGACCGGUUUUACACCCCGGAAGUGUAAAACAAAACGGAAAUCAUGACUCGUAGGUAAAGUGUGCAAACUUUACAGAGUGUAAAACUGAUCGAUCAGUCGUGCUCACGGUUAAGAGCGAGCUUUGACUUCUUCAUAAUUAUUGGGGAUCUUGGAUGGUUGGUUUUGGGUAGUCGGGUGGUGAAAUCCCAAUGAGUCGAUAGCCGGAUAUGGGAUAUCUGGUGAGACUGGUAGUCGGAUGGAAUCCGAUGAGUUGUCUCCUUUAAUGUUGGAGUCAUCACAUAGUAAAUAUAUUGCUAUGUCUUUUGAGUCCAAGAUUAGAUUGGCAUAGUUGCAGUUAGUCCGAGUCAAGUUUUUCCUUGUCUUAAAGCCUACAUGUCAUGUUUUCCCACACUUGCUAAGUACUCUAUGUACUAACGCUUGCCUUCUCCCAACUUCUUGAUGUUGCUCAGAAGGUGAGGAAUUCGCAGACAUCUCGACCGAUGGAGCCGAGUUCUAGGCGAAGGAAGAUGUCGACCUGAAGACCAUGUCAUAAGCUGGCGCUCCCCCGGACAACGCCUGUGGAUGGAUGGAAGACCUGCUGCCGCUGAAAGUUAUCUUAGUAUUUUCUUUACCUAUGGGUCAUUUUUUAAUGAAUAUUAUCGUUAUUUAUUGACACAAUUAUGUUAUCA